AAAAUUCAGAGCAAGAUCUCAAUAAAAUAAAUAGAAAGGUCACGCAAUGAAUGCGAAUGAAAGUAGUGAAGUUUACUUUAUGAAUAGUUCUAACUAGGUAGGCUCUUCUAUUUUAUGUACAUAUAAAUUAAAUAUAGAAGAAGAAAACUACAUUUAGUCCUCAGAGUUCGUCAAGAAAAGACCUAACAAUGUGUAUACAUUUUCAAUUUCGUAAAAUAUUGAGUAGAAGAUUAGAUUUGAAAUGUGGACUAACAAUGCUAUUUUUUGCAAUAUUUGUGACUCUAUCAGAAGGACAUUUCAUUUCUGAUAAUGAUUUUAUUCUACGGAAUCGAGAUCGACGUAGCGAAAUUGCACUCGCAGAUUUAAACUAUAAAAAUGAUGAUUGUCUCACAUCUGAAUGCAUUGAUACAGCAAUGAGAGUACUGAAGUAUAUGGACCGAAGUAUUGAUCCAUGCGAUGAUUUUUACAAAUUUGCUUGUGGUCAGUUUCCACAGUUUGUGGAAUUUCCAAGUAAUGAAUCCAAUAAAGUAGAUCAAUUUACAAUAAUUAGGAAUAAAGUUCAAAAAGAAAUGACGAUGAUUCUAGAGGAGGAAUGUACAUCCACUGAACCAAGAUAUGCAAAAUUAAUAAAAACUUUUUAUCAAACGUGCAUGCAAACAACUGGUAAAGAAAAUAUAAAAUUAAUAUCGGAUUUAUUGAAUACAAUCGGUGGUUGGCCUCUUUUAGAAGAAACUAAUUCUUCCAGUUAUGAAAAUUUCCAGUGGGAAAAAUUUGGAUCUGAACUGAAAAACGUCGUCUUUUUGAAAAAUGGGUUUAUUUUUACAACCUUUCGACAAGACACGAAAAAUAAUUCAAACUUAGUCUUACUGAUUAAACAACCUAAGAGCUUUAAUACCUCUUCUAACUACGUUAAUUUAAUAGAAUCCACUGUCAAACUUUUUGGAGCUGAUAAGUUUAAAUAUAAAAAGGACAUAAAACGAAUUGUGGACAUAGAAAAACGGCUUUUUAACAUAUCUGUGCCUAAGGAAGAAAAAAGUAAGUCUCGUAUCAGGUUCACGGUGAAAGAGCUAAUUGAAAAUUAUUCUAAUAUUUUGUGGAAGGAAUACUUUAAUACAUUUUUAAAGCCAUUUAAUACAAUUAAAGAUGAUGAUAUUGUAUUGAUUGCGGAUGCCAGCUAUUUUAAACAAUUAAACAAUCUUAUUAAACAAUUUUCAAAAAGAGAUCAGGCUAACUAUCUUAUUUGGAAAGUAGUCGAAGGUUUCCUCAAUAAUUAUGUUGGAUCCAUCGAAAAUAAAAAAGAAAAAUCGAAAAAGUGUUACGAUCAUGUAUAUGAUAUGUUCGGUAAUAGUUUUGGUAUGUUGUAUAUAAGAAAACACUUCAAUGCAAAAUCUAUCGCCAACGUUACGGAUGAAAUGAUGUCAAAUAUUCUUGAACAGUUUAAUAAAAUUCUAGGACAAGCUGAUUGGAUGGACUCAAAGACGAAGGGUAAGGCGUUCGAAAAACUGAGAUCAAUGUCCAUUGUACAUCCAAGUAUAUUCGAAUCUUAUACUGAUGACGAGAUUGACGAAUACUUUGCAAAUUUGGAAAUAACGCCGGGAGAUUUUUUACAAUCAUUUCUAAACAUUACGAAGUUUAAUAAAUAUCAAGAAAAAUACGAGUUCAAAAAACCUCUGAACUUUUCCAGUUGGACACAACAAUUGAAUCCUAUAACAGUGAAUGCUAAGAAUUUGGUCUACAAUAAUAGCAUGAUCCUGUCACCAGCAAUUCUUCAAGGAAUUUUUCUCAAUGAAAGCAGACCUCAGUAUAUGAACUUCGGAUCUCUGGGUUCUAUAAUUGGACACGAAUUGACUCAUUCUUUUUAUAAUAAUGGUAGAAAUUUUGAUAAAUCAGGAAAUCUGAUUAAUUGGUGGGAGCCAGAGAGCGAUAAAGAAUUUCUUUUAAGAACUGAAUGCAUAAGUCAUCAGUAUGGAAACUAUACAGUUAAAGAAGUUAACCAGAAUAUUAAAGGUGAGAGAACGCAAAGUGAAAAUAUUGCCGAUAAUGGAGGAAUUAAACUUGCAUAUAUGGCUUAUGAAGAGUAUAUGAAAACCCAUUCUCCUGAGUUAUUGUUACCUGGUUUGGAUUUUUCGCAGCGUCAGCUUUUUUGGAUUAGUUUUGCCCAAACGUAUUGCUUUAAAACUACAGAAAAGGGACUAAAUCAUGCGAUUUUAUCUAGUUUUCAUAGUCCUAAAGAAUUUAGAGUUGUUGGUUCUAUUACCAACCAGCCAGAAUUUGCAAAAGAUUUUCAAUGUCCAUCAGGCACGAAAAUGAAUCCUAAAAAUAAAUGUUCUGUAUGGUAAUAGUUAUUUAUAUUUUUAAAUUAAUUAUCAAUUGUUUAAUAUUAUUUUUUCUAUUUAUUUACAAAUAUAAUUUUACUAUUUAUUUAUAAAUAUAAUUUUACUACUUAUUCGUAAAUAUUUAUAAAUACGACGUGGAAAACAUGUAUAAAUGCGAACAAAUAGUGACUUCGCCAGAAGGAAAAAUAAUUAUAAUAAAAUAUAAUAAAUAUAAUAAAUAUAAUAAUAUAAAAAAUAUAAUAUUCUAUAAAAUAAACUUUCUAUUAAAAGUAAAAUAAUAAUAAAAAUAAUCACUAAUAUUCAUUAUACAAAGGGUAAUGACCUAGAUUCACAUCAAGGGGUUCGACAACAGACAUGAAUAUUCAUUAAAAGUGCUUUCAAGAAAAAAAAAAAUUAAUCCACAAAAAAUAUUUAAAUGAAGUUUAUUUAUAUAUUUAUUAUAUUUAAAUAUUUAUAAGAUUUAAAUAAAUAAAAUAAAUAAAAUAAAUAAUAUAAAAUAUUAUAAUAUAAACAUAAAUAGAAUCAUACAAUACGGACUCUAGGGAAAUAUUUUGUCACCUUCUCUCAGCCCUCGUAUUCUAUUUUAUAUUUGGUUGGCUGAAAUACAAAGAGUUGCCUUUUCUUUUAAUGCAUAUUUUUGCCUCGGAAUUCUUUUCAGUUAUUUCUCUUCGUUUUAUUUCUUUUAGAGAAAAAAUUUUUUACUUGUCGAUAAUAUUACAUAAGCUUUAAAAGUUUAAUUUUUGUAUA